UAUAAUCAAAUGUUAGGUUUAUCGAAAGUUUCCCACUCGUGAAAUUUUGUCCGCUAUUUAAUUUCACAGUGUCACUAUUAAAAUAUACAUAUUUAGUAGUUAUAUUAUUAUUUUAAAUCUAUUUUACAAAACAAGUAAUAAUUAAGUGCUUUUUGUCCCGUAUUUACACUGUGGCUUCAACAGUAAUACAAAUGGCCAAACACUUAGCAAAAGAUUCUGUCGAACCACAAUUAGUACCGGGCAAACUAAGGUUCUAUAGCAUGCGAUACUGUCCGUACGCUCAGAGAGUUCAGUUAGUGUUAAAUGCCAAAAAAAUACCGCAUGAUCCUGUUUUUAUUAAUCUUUCGGACAAGCCAGAAUGGUAUUUAAACAUUUUUCCUGCUGGUAAAGUUCCUGCUUUGAUAUACGAUGGAAAGUUUUUAUCCGAAAGUCUGCAUUUAGCCGAUUUUCUUGACGAGCAGUAUCCAGAACCGCCACUGUGGAAAAACGGCCCACUGCAGAAGAUUUUAGACAAAAUAUUUAUCGAAUCUUUUGGAAAGGUUACUUCAGCUUUCUAUAAGCUUAUGAUGACAACACCUGAGUUGGAAAAAAGUAAUUUUAAUGAACUAGUUGAGAGUUUAAAACCAGUUGAAGAUGAAUUAGCACAAAGAGAUUCCAAAUAUUUUGGAGGUAGUAGCCCUCAAAUGAUUGAUUACAUGAUAUGGCCUUGGUUUGAGCGUUUUGAUUCAAUCGAGCCUGUCUCCAAGGGAUUAUUUAUUUUUCCGUUAGAUAAAUUUCCAAAAUUGGAAAAAUGGAAAAAUGCUAUGGUCGCAGAAGAAGCAGUGGCUGCUUAUCAUUUACCUCCGGACAAGCACGCUCAACAUUUUAUUUACAGGAAAUCUGGUUUACCUGCAGCAUUUAACUUUUAACGCAGUCAUUUACGCUUCUUACAAUUAGUUACCUCAACAAAAUAUAUUGGUAUUUUGAAUAUUCACUAAAUUCUAUACAAUUUUUUUUAGUGAUAUAACACAAUAUGGUUUUUAUUAAAAUCUACAUAUUUGUAUACCACAUUUAAAUGGAGUUCUAUUUUAUUAUUAUUUUUUUUUAUUUUAUACAUUUUUGUAAACAAUUAGCUCGCAGGAAUAAAUACAGUAUUUUUUGUCUUAUA